GUCAGAUACGCGUGGGAAAUGAGUCCGUGUAAUUUCAAAAUGUGCGCCGUUUACGGCCGAGAUAGCGACCUCCCAGCGCCGAGCUUCUUGCGAAACAGACCCUUUUAAUUGUAAUACAACGACAAAUUACACAAAUAUAUCUCUGCUACUCGUUUCUUCCCAACUCACGAACACAUCCGGGCAUCGGCUUCAAGAAAUCACCGAUUAUAGAUGUUGUGUUGAUGAUACAAACGUGGAUUCUUCAAAAGACGCCAACACUAAUUUCUUGGAAUUCCCCAGUAUGCAGCAUGAGAUGUUUAAGGAAUUCCCGAAGAUGCAGCAUGAGAUGUUUAAGGAAUUCCCCAAGAUGCAGCAUGAGAUGUUUAAACACUUUGAGCAUUACUCUUAUUAUUCAAUACGACAAUUAUUUCUAAUUUUAAACCAUGCUGCAUCAAUGCUGUAUAUAAAAUCGGACACGAGUUGUCAUUUCAUGAAAUAUGUUUAUGAAACGAGCUAAGAAGUAAGUAAGUAAGUAAGUAGUAAGCAGUCUUUCGCGAACGUACUAAAUUUAUCAAUCGUGGUAUGAAAUGAUUACAUGCUUUUAAAUCAGCAAGGAAAAUUCAUAUUAAUGUAAAGUCAUGGUUAAACCGGAAUGUUGUUUCAUAGCGUGAAAUCACUUGCCGUAUCAAAAUCAACGUAAACUUAAGCAAUAGGUUUGAUCAAUUAAAAAAAAGUAGCAAAGAAAACGCUCAAAAAGCUAUAUUCCAUAUGUUUAAUGCUGUGCGAGCGUUUCAGGCAUUUUUCCCCCGAAAUAUUCAGAAUGUUUAUUUUUUUAUGAAUGCUGUUUAUAAUUGUCUAUAUACUCAGUAUGUCAUAAAUAUGAAUUGAAUACUCAGUAUGUCAUAAAUAUGAAUUGAAAAAUGAAAAUCACUUAUUUGUUUUUAACUGCUCAAUAUUGUUUUUUAAUUAAAAAAAAUGACAAAUCACGGAUCAGGAGUGGGGUUUUAUGAAUGUAUGUAAAAUAUAAAACAACCUAACCAUGCAUUUAUAUAUUUAACGAGUGCAUACGAACAAACGCAUGUGUCUACGGUAUAACCUUGAUAAUAUCUGUAGAUCUAUUCGUCGAUCUCUUCAAUGUAAUAACUGACAUGAACACGUUAACAUAACACAUUACAUGAACAUACAAAGAUCUAUUUACUUUGAAAAAAUCAAACAAAAAUACUUACAUUAUGUAGCUAAGCUUUAACCGUCAUACACUUUACUGUACGGAACAUAUUCUUUCUAACACUACGAAUUGCGACGGCAACAAUGAUAUUUCAAUGCAACUUAGUAGUACAGUAACGGUAACUUAAGUUAAUAUUAGUAAACUUUAUCUCUAGGUUAUGUGCAGAACUAGCUUGUCCUUGCACUCGGAGCCUGUUUGGUCAUGGUCAAGAUACUGACACUUUAAAUUGAUAAAACAAGCAAGGUGGACUUAACACAACAGUUUUAGAAUUGGUCAGCAGUUUUGGUGUGUGUUUUUUUCAAUAAACUAUAAACAUACACAAAGCAUUUAAUCUGCCCUUUUCACCACAAUUUCCUUUGCUUUUAACGAAAAUGGUUCUGAUCCAACAAUAUACGGUUUAGGAAUGCCUCUCGUUUCGCAAAAUAUUCAUGUGAACUCCUUUCCCUUACAGCGAUCUAGGUCAUCGAACGUCCCUAUAGGCCUAUAUGGAAUUGAUCUUAUAUGUAUAAGCUUAAUUGAAUUUUUCACUUGUUGAAUUGUGCUAAAUCGUACACGUUUACCAAGGUUAUCAAAAGGUUAUCUUAUCAAACAAAUCAAAGUCUUAUACUACUACUGGUCUCUUCAUUCCUUCAGAAAAUCGAACAGUAACAUGAUGAUCAAAUUAGAUAUUUUGAUAGUCACGCUCAUACUUGUUGGGAAAUGUGAUGGCUCCAAAACGGGCCAACAUCUGGGGACUGGGGACAGUACAUCACAGAGUAGAUGUAUUUAUUGACGGUAAAAACGUCUGUUCCGCCACCGUUGAUACACACUCACAAUGGCGACUGUUGGUUCCAGCAAUGCCCAAAGUUGGAGAACAUGUCAACAACCAUAUCAGAGGCCCAAGCUAUCAAUGGGAUGAGAAUUUUCAAGGUGAAGACGUUUGCAUCUAAUCAAACACAAAGGGAGCCACACAUUGGUGGAAGCUGGCAACAUCCGGAAAAUGGGGAAACCAACGCGCGCUCAGGUCGUGCUGCUGAUUAUCAAUGUCAGUUUGAUCAACGACUGGAGGGCUAAAUCAAAAUCGCAUCAAAAUGCUACUGCCAAACUUCCAUUUGGCUUUGUUCAGCUGGCACCAGAUCUAAAUCAAACCAUACAUUCUGGGUGGCCGGAUUUGAGGUGGUGGCAGACGGGUGGUUACGGCUACGUCCCGAACCCUUCUCUACCGGAUGUGUUUAUGUCAGUUGCAAUGGAUUUGCCGGAUCUCCUUUCGCACUACGGCUCAAAUCAUCCCCGUUACAUGUACGACAUAGCGGAGCGCCUCGCUUUGGCAGGAAGGGCUGUGGCCUACGGUGAACAGGGUCUGGAUUUCCAGGGGCCAUUCCCAACCCGGAUUACCACAGGAGGAUCUGGCGUGAUUAUCGAAUUUGUUGCGGACACGUUGGGGACCACAACUGUACAACGAACCUCUUCGUAGAGGCACCCAUAGUCUCCCAUGACGACACAACAGUCACCAUCAGUGCGUCCGGGUGCCAUGGAAUUACUGUUGUCACCUCAGUCAGAUACGCGUGGGAAAUGAGUCCGUGCAACUUUAAAAUGUGCGCCGUUUACGGCCGGGAUAACGACCUCCCAGCGCCGAGCUUCUUAAGAAACAGACCCUUUAAAUUGUAAUACAAUGACGAAUUACACAAAUAUAUUAACAUUACAUA